UUGGUAAACAUGGCAGACAAAAAUCCGGAUUUAAAUGAUCCCAUCAUCGCCGAGCUGUGGCGGGCAUUCGUGCGACGAGCAACGAAUCCAGGAUUGCCGAUGGUAUUAGUACCUUCUAGUACCCCCCCAAGGCCGUUUCCCCAACAAGUUGUUCAGGAUUCUGGACCACUGGGUCAAGAUCAUGCUCCACUGGCCCAGCAUCCAGUACCAGUGGCCCAGGAUGCAGCACCGGUGGCACAGGAUCCAGCUCCAGCAGCCCAGGAUCCUCCACCAGCGGCUCAGGAUUGUGCAGCAGUGCCCCACACUGCUGCAACAGUACCCGCUCCUCCUGCUGGCCACGCGGAGCUCCUUGGUGCUCUUUUGAGGAUCGAGGAGCUCCUGCAUAACCAAAAUGCGGAGCAGAAGAAAUCCAAGAAGACGAAAAGGAGAGGAUUUUG